AAGGUGACGUGUGGGCGGGGCCAUAGUGCGGAAGCGGAGGUGCGCCUGUGUUUAUUUUCCUCCGUCAGUCGCAGAUCUCGGGGCCGCAGACAUGAAGUUCGUCUACAAGGAGGAGCACCCGUUCGAGAAGCGGCGCUCAGAGGGCGAGAAGAUCCGCAAGAAGUACCCGGACCGAGUGCCGGUGAUUGUAGAGAAGGCUCCUAAGGCGAGGAUCGGAGACCUGGACAAGAAGAAAUACCUGGUGCCCUCAGACCUGACAGUCGGCCAGUUCUACUUUCUCAUCAGGAAAAGGAUCCACCUGCGUGCGGAGGACGCCCUCUUCUUCUUCGUCAACAACGUCAUCCCCCCAACCAGCGCCACCAUGGGACAGCUCUACCAGGUGAGGACCGGCAUAGCAGGGCCGACCGGGCGAGGUGUGCGCUGAGUGCUGGGGCGGCGG